GUGAAAUUUACCGCGCCACGCGACGUUGCCAGUUCGCGCUGGUUCAGGACUUAGGAGGUUCCCAAUACGAAAGCACGCUGACUUCGACAAACUCAACCACAGCUAUGUCAGUAACAAAUGGCCCGAAAAUGAUGCAAGGGGAAAUGAACCUUGUUAUUUGAGAAAGAGAGUCCAAUCCGGAGGGCAGGACGGAGAACGACACUAUGCUAAAGGAGAGAGAGAGUUCAGAAGGGUCGCCUGCUACCCCAGACGAGUGUGCGGGAUGCGGAGGCAGGAUACAAGACAGAUAUUACCUGUUAGCGGUGGACCGUCAAUGGCACGGCUCCUGCCUCCGCUGUUGCGAAUGCCGUCUGCCUUUGGAUAGUGAGCUGACCUGCUUUUCGAGAGACGGAAAUAUAUAUUGUAAGGAAGACUAUUAUAGACUUUUUUGCGUGAAGCGGUGUGCGCGGUGUGGUAACGGUAUCACCGCGAACGAACUCGUGAUGAGGGCGCGAGACAUGGUCUUCCAUCUUACCUGCUUCACGUGCAUCGCCUGUGGUACGUUGCUUUCAAAGGGUGAUGUCUUCGGUAUGAGAAACGGCCUGAUAUACUGCAGACCGCAUUACGAUAGCGCCUGUAUGGACGAAUACUGUGAAGAGGACAUGACAAAUGUUUACAGGUGUCAAGAUUUGCACAUUGAGGGCGAUUCACCCAAUCAAUAUUAUACCGGUGGGCCGAGUCAAAAGGGUCGACCAAGAAAGAGAAAACUACCUCAGGGUUCUCCAGAGGACAUGCAAAUCCAGACGAUGAGGAUGGCUAGCACAGCUCUAGAGAUACUUCAUCGCGGUGAUCUUUCGUCGUCAAUGGAAUCACUCGCUUACGAUUCCUCAGUGGCGUCGCCAGGCAGCGUUUCGAGCCACACUCAACGCACUAAGCGCAUGCGUACCAGCUUCAAACAUCACCAGCUACGUACAAUGAAGUCUUAUUUUGCAAUAAAUCAAAACCCGGAUGCUAAGGAUCUCAAGCAACUCGCCCAUAAAACUGGCCUAUCCAAGAGGGUGCUACAAGUUUGGUUUCAAAAUGCUCGUGCGAAAUGGCGCCGUAAUAUGAUGAGGCAAGAAUCAAAUCAACAUGGACCGAUGACGCCGAAUGGUAAUUCUGCACAUACCUCGAACGGAAGUCUGGUCGGUAGUGCCGGGCCUCCGCCGAAUGUUCCACCAGGCGCUCUGAUAAUGUCUGAAGCAUUACAACCGAUGGAGGAUAUCAGGGUUCACACUCCGCAUCCUAUGAGCUUCAGCGACAUGUAUUGACGGUCAAGUUAAAAAGCAGCUUGUGGUCCCGGUGUGAUUCUUUCGUUCAGCAUCGUUAUCUUAAAAUGAGGCUUGUCUUGGUUUUAGUAAUAUGUUUGUACGAUUUUAAAAAAAUAUAAAAUUGAGGUACUUAUCCACGAAACUAUUUUUUCUACUAUAAUAUAAUUCUUUGUACUUCGACUGCCUAACAUUACGAAACGAAAAUGUUAUUUAUUUUUUCUGGUUUUAUUAUAUAUUUUUUUUCUUAACGAAAAUAAAAUAAAAUAUUUAUUUAAAAAAAAAUGUAAUUUACUCUAACAACUUACAGAUAUAUCGCGCUAAUUAUACGUGUUUAAUAUUACAAGUGUUUCGGAAAUGCUGAAAUAAAACUUAAUUUUUGAUUUUCACACUGUGGGCUGAUCCUUAAAAGAGAAUUGUCGUAAGUGAAAUAACAUUUCUAUGUAAAUAAGAAGGAAAUUCUUUUUAAAUGUAACACGUCAGAAAUUUCGUUUAUUGGUUUUUUGUCUACUAUCCUUAAUUUUUUUAUAAAACAUUUCUGGAGAAAUUACUUUUUGUUUAGGUGCUUAUUCUAUUUUCCAUAUUUGAAUUGAUCUGUUAUGAAUAACAGGAACUAUUAAUAUACUACAUAUUGAACUAAAAAUCAAUCAACAUCUAUUAUUGUAACUAAAUAUGCCUCACAAUGACGGCUGCUAAGAUAUUUUAAAUUUUAUGGAUUCAUUAAUAAAAUAUAUCUAAAUAGUUUUCGUAAUUAUUUAUUGUAUUAUAAUUUUGAUGUAGACAUAUAUAUAUACAUAAACAGUACGUUUGUAACAGUACGGUAACAUAUAUUUAUAUAUCGUAUUUUAAUCUUUACAUACCUGCCAAGAUUUUUGUAAGUAAAGUGAUACUAGUCAAAGAUUAGUUUUUAGUGUUUGAGUAAUCUUAUAAAUAAGACUACUUCUAUAUAUACUUAUUUUAAUAUAAGUGCAUAUAACAUCUCAUAAUAUAUCGACUAAAUAUACGCUCUGCUACAUUUAUUAUGGAAGAAUUAUAAUUCCACGAACAGGCGAUAUUUCGUAUUAGUGACUUAGUUUCAUCGCAAUGUGACCAAAGCUUUAUAAAGGAACCUGCGAUGAUUAUUUGUUCGAUAUAACUGGUUCGUUGUCUAGCUUUUGAUUUCGUUUCAACUUAUAUAUCGAAUUACUAAAGAACUAUUAUAUUUAAAUGAAAUUGUUCAAAUUGAUAUAAAAACUACAGUUCAUGUUUUACUUUGAUUUGAGAUUAUAGAUAACAUGAGUGUCGCUUUCAAUGUGAUUUUUUUCUAGAUACACAUCCCCCAAUAUUUUAAAUUCAUAAUAAUGUAAUUUACUUAGUUUUAAUGUGACUAUUGGGACAGUACUAGGUACUGUACUUUUUGUACCUAAUAUUAGACCUAUAUAGGUAAAUGUUUAUCAGUGUGCGACGUACAUAAUUAUAUAUAAGGAUUUUUUAAAGAUAUCAGUAAAACCAUAUCAUUUUGUUUAGAAGAAAUGUAAUUGACGAAUAACUGAUUUUGUAAUAGGUAUUACUUGUUAAUAAUAUAUCC